AUGACAUUGGGUUUGGAAAUCAUGGAGGAUAUUGUUAUCGACGUGGUGGGGGAAGGACUCAAAGAUAACGGAGAGGAGCAACUUUUACCUUCGGAUGAGUCGCGGAGCGAGCAGGACCGCGGCACGGAGACUUCCAGCAGCCAGAGUAAAGACCGGGACACUUACAGCCCAGAACCGGCGUGUGCAACUCCUGCUAAAGCCAAAGGUCCCACGUCGGUGAAGCCUCCAUACUCAUACAUCGCUCUGAUAACGAUGGCCAUACUGCAGAGUCCAAAGAAGCGGCUCACCCUCAGCGAGAUCUGUGACUUUAUCAGCCACCGCUUCGUUUAUUACCGGGAGAAAUUCCCCGCCUGGCAGAACUCUAUCAGACACAAUCUGUCGCUCAAUGACUGCUUUGUAAAGAUGCCCAGAGAGCCCGGGAACCCCGGGAAGGGCAACUACUGGACUCUGGAUCCAAACUCCUCGGACAUGUUUGAGAACGGGAGUUUUCUGCGGAGGAGGAAGCGCUUCAAGCGGCAGCAUUUCCGCUUCGACCCGCUCAAGGAGCAGCACCUGGAGCCCAGCGGACUGCACGGCUUCCCGCACGGCGCCUACGGGCUCGGCACAGCGGCUCUGCAGCUGCCCAGUCUGGAGAUUUACCCCUACCUCCAUCACCACGCGCCCUCACCGUGCGGUCCCGCCACCAUCCCACCUGUCAGCAGCAUCCUACCGGCUCUGUCCAGCUUCUUCUCCCGCGGCGCACUCACAGCCAAAGCCUUCCUCCAUUCGCAGCCCGGCAUCGAAGCUUUCUCCCCGGCCCAGUGCACCGCGUACUCCUCUCCUCUGACCUCCAGCGCUGCCUACGCCUCCCCGGCGCUCUUCCACCCGGCGGCGGCUCCGCACUUCCUCAGUUUACACCAGGAGUAUCAGAAACUACAGACUCAUCGUGGCACCGUGGACCUGGUCAAACACAUCAACACUGCAAACAAUGAGUAA